AUGACUUGCAAAGAAGAACUAUAUUAUUUUAAAGAAUUUCCAUCUAUUAGAGAUGGUCAAGGUUAUCAGUUGGUUAAUCAUAUUACUGCUGCAUUCAUCUUGAUUCCGAGGAUAUUCCCAUCAUUAACUGUAAGCAUACUGUAUAAUGUUGGUGGAACAAGAAAAAGAAAAAAAGAAAGUUGGAGACCAUCAAAUGAAGAAAUUUCAGAAGACUUCAUUGUCAUUCUAAAAAAUGUUGCUCAAUUGAAAGAAAUUAUUAACAUCAAAACUACUAAGGCUACUUCGUUUGGGUUAACUGUUCAGCCAUAUGUUGCUUUGCUCUGUUCAGAUCCUCAGAAUGAAUUGAUUGUAACAGCGUCAACUUUUAACUGUAUCAAAUCAUUUAAAAAGCACGUCAAAGGUCAUGAUAAUAAUUUGAAUGAACAAACUAUUCUAAAUCUAAAAAAUCUUCAAACUCCAGCUAUUGAACAUGCAAUUAUUGGUCACGAAACUGAUCGUUUAAAUAUUAAUAUUAAUAAUUCUCAACCAACCAACAACAAUAUAACUACAAAUUAUGAAUCUUUUGUCUAUAACAAAGCAUUAGUAUUGCUAUCAAAAUGGUAUAAUAAAUCAGGUGUGCCAAGAAAUAAAAUUCAAACUAUUAUUGAUGACUUCACUUCAUUUCUAAAUGAUUUUUUACCACAGCUUCAUAAUAAUGUAAUUGUUAAGUUACAGAGUAAUGAUAAAUCAACUUUUGAAAUAGAUGCAAUGUUCAAUAUAAUUGCUAAUCCAUUCAAAAAUUUUAAUACUGAGCAUCAAAGAUUUAAAGCUUUAGAAGAACUAGGUGUAUUUAGUAGACCAAAACCUGUGCACUUGGGUUAUCGUUUGAAUGAUAAACUUAAGAAUGGCCGGACUAUUGCUGUUUCUACUCCCAUUAAUGCUUAUAGCGCACCAUUGCCUAUACUUCUUAGAAAGUUUUUUGAAAUGCCAAAUGUUUUAAAUAUGAUGAUUACUUAUACAGAGGAAUUACUUAAAAAUGAAUGUAUAAUUAGCAAUUUGAUUCAAAAUAAAAAACAAGUUGGUAAUCAAAAUCUCUUUAAACAUUUAAUAUCAGAAAUUAACUUUUUAGAAGAGUCUGGUAUUAAUGUAUUUGUAAAUAAUCAACAAUAUCAAAUUUAUUUCAGUUUAGCUUUAAUAGUUGGGGACAAUUUAGGUUUACAUAGUAUUUUGGGGUUCACUGAAUGUUUCGUUUCUAAUUAUCCUUGUAGGUUUUGUCAUAGUUCAAAAGAGGAGUGCCAUGCACAAAUUUCCCAAAAUAACGAGAAUCUGAGAAAUAUUGAUAAUUAUAAUGAUGAUGUUAAUACUAAAAAUGUUGCACUAACUGGAAUUGUUGAAUCAUGUAUUUGGAAUAAUGUAAAUUCAUUUCAUGUUGUUUAUAAUUAUUCUGUUGAUUUAAUGCAUGAUUUACUUGAAGGUGUAUGUAACUAUGACAUGUCAAGUAUAAUUAGAAACUUUAUUUUAGAAUUCAAGUAUUUUAGUUUAGAAGCCUUAAAUAACAGAAUUCAGUUUUUUGAUUAUGGACCAAGUGAAAUUAAAAACCGACCACCACUAAUAAAUGAACACUCAUUAAAAAGUAACAACCCCACAAUAUGUAAAAUGUCAGCUUCGGAAAUGUGGUGUUUUGUACGAUGCUUUGGUCUUAUGAUUGGUGAUUUGGUACCUAUAGAAUCAGAGUUUUGGAAGUUAUACAUUUUGCUUAAAAAAAUUCUUGAUUUGACCACUACUCGAUCAAUAGGGCUUGAAAGCUCGAAUACUUACUUAAAAUGUUAA